AAUUUGUAGUCAAGAGUGUUGUCAUUCGUGAUGCAGAAAUCGAAAUAUCUGUGACAUCAGGCUCGUUAAUUUCGUAGAGAACACCCAAUUUCUGGCGAAAAUGCCCAGAUUCUACUCAUCAUCUCGUCGAUAUAUAUAGGCUUCAAUCAAAUUCCAUAAUUGGGGUCAUGUCGAAAGUCAGACGACUCUCGUUCGCCUUUGAACGAUCCCUCCUAGGUAUGGAUGAUGGCGCGGCAAAUGGUGAGAACGGCCGACGUCACUCUGUCUCUGGAGGAGCCAUGAGGGACUCUACGAGCGGUGUGGUGAGCGAGAGCAAUGUGGACCCUGUCGACAUCAGCCAGAUCGCAGAACGGCAAGAAGAGGCCUUGUUACCGCUGAAGGAAGAUCUUGCUGAAUGGCUGAGCAGACUAUUAGGUAUUGAGAUUACAGCCGAGGACUUCAUGGCUGCAUUAGACAAUGGAGUUCAUGUGUGCAAGCUGGCUGAGCUGGUGACGACAAGAGCGAUUGAGUGGAGGAAGGACAGAAAAACAGAUGAUAUGAUCCCAUCAAAAGUGCCAAAGUGUAAAUCAAAUGCCAAGUCUGGUUCAUGGUUUGCCAGAGACAACAUGGCUAACUUCCUACGUUGGUGCAGAGACUAUAAAAUCAAAGACGAGACAAUUUUCGAAACAGAAGAUUUAGUUCUACAUAAAAACCCGCGAUCAGUAGUAUUAUGCCUUCUUGAAAUUGCUAGGAUAGGAACUCGAUACGGCAUUGAACCGCCUCACCUCAUUAAACUAGAAACUGAGAUUGAGAAGGAGGAGAAAAACUUGGCCUCUGGAGAACUGCCCUUGCCGACUUCUCAACUUCCGUUGGCCAAUGGGAGACCAUCCGCAAGUUCAGAUGGAUCGUCAUCGCCAAGAAUCUCGGAAUGUUGUUCUCAUCGUUCUACCUCGUCCCAGUCGUCUUCAAGGCCGAGUACAGCGAGGAAGAAACCAGAUCCAGUGGAUGAUGAGGUAAAGAAAAGGGCUGGUAAUUGCAAAUGCUGUCCAAAGUUCUCAGUUGACAGAUUAUCAGAGGGUCGGUAUAACCUUGGUGGAAAAGUGGUCUUCAUCAGGCUUCUGAAAGGUAAACACAUCAUGGUGCGUGUAGGAGGUGGCUGGGAUACAUUCGAUCACUACCUCACGAGGCACGACCCGUGCCAGGUCAUGCAUUUCAGUCGCGAGACGAGGCAGAGGCUCUCUGGAGGCAAGGGCAAGGAGAAGGAUAAUCACUUUCUUGCCAUUGUUGGAAAAUAUAAAGUUGCAUCGUGAGGAAACAAGUUUGGAAUUUUCCCAGGUUACAGUAUGUGCCGUGAAAGCAACACCCUGGAAAUCUCAAUAAAAUAGCAAAAUGGAUGUGAAACCAUGAUAUUCUCAGCUAACACAGGCAAGUGAGAGAAACUUUUCGGAAUUUCUUGAGCUAAAUUUCAUGGUUAGGUUUGGCAAUUAAACCCUCUUCUCUCAAGGGCGUAGCUGUUGAAAUCAACUUUACCAAUGUAGUGUCCCUGAGACAUCAUGCUGGCUCAAGUAGGCUUGGCUUCUCUGUUAUCAUAAUUUGAAGGCGAAACAAUGCUUAAAAAGGUUUGCCUACUUAUUAUUGACUUUUGGAGUAGUCCACAGUAGCAAUUGUAGAAAGUUUUCUGUUGAAAUUGAAUUGUUAAACUUAGUUCUCUGAAUCUAUGCUUGGGCGUAGUAUUAGUAAUAGAAUGUCUACUUCUUUUGAGAAGUUGCACAUCCUUCCGUGUGAUGAUAACAGAAUAUGUGAUAGCAAUCAAAAGUAAGGUCAACAAUGUCAAGAUGUGUAGAAGAGCUUCAAUGUUUUGAUGCACUCUUGUAUGACUGCUGACUUAGAACUCCAUCCUUGAUUACACAAUGUUAUACAGAAAGUCAUUAGUUUCUGUUAUGCUGAGGCAAUGUGUUGUGUCUGCAAGGUCCCACCAUUCAGUUGAAAGUACAUGCGAGUCAAACAAAUUCUGAUCACAAUAUGUUGUUCAAUGACGUUAUGUAUACAAACUGACCAGCCCUGGUGUGUUGUGGUGGCUUACUGGCACCAUUUAGAGUUUAUAUCAUAUGUGAGGGAGUUUUCAUGACAUACAUGUAACUGUAUCAAAGAAUGAAGCAUAAGUGAAGAUGAAAUAACAUGUUAGUGCGAGAUCCUGUGGUUGAAUGAAGACUGUUUUGCUUGUUACUUUAGUUGGUCUGUGAAAUGUCCAAUGUCUUGAAUUGAAGAUGACCUAAGAACAAUGAUGUACUUAACAAACAAUUUAGAAAUGAUGAGAAAGUUAACCUGUUGGAGAGUGAUUGUUAUCUCAGGUUUUCAGCCAGUGAAUCGAGCGUGCUUCACACAGGUGUUCAGAAUGGUUGCAGCCGUCGCAGUCCCUAAAAUUUCAUUGGGAAAUUUUAUGGCAAGUUUAAGACAAAACCAAUUUUGUUCACUUAGCGGUGACGGUAGCACCAAUUCGAUCACUCGUGUACAGCAGCCUUUAUAUAAUAUGUGAUCAAAUUACAUCUCUUUAUUUUACUGCUGCUGAACUUUUCCAAACAGUUUUUACAACUUGCACCACCGACAGAAUUUGCUUUUAAGAAACUUGUUCAUUUCUAUUAUAAACUAUCAGGUCGUUUCCAAAUGCUUUGAAGCUUUUAAGUUUAGAUGUGUAUUCAUUGUGAGUUGAAGCUAUAAAAAAUGUGACGCACAUUGUACCUCGACACAAUUCAUUCCAAGAGAAAUGUACGUGGGGAUAUUCUACCUGUUGUAUUUUUGUACCAUUCAUGUUGUCUAUAAUAUUUGGUAGUACAACUACAAUUGAAGCAUUAGUCUAUUUAUUUAAUACCUUUUAAAAAUAUUGCUUAUAAAGACUACGGGGUAAGUCUUCAAAUAGGCUAUUAUGAUAAGCUCUGUAUUAGGUAUAAAUACAGUAGCCGGUAUUAGCCUGUGUGACCUUCGUGUGCCCGGACAUUCCUGCUCAAAAUGUCUCAUUUGGUCUAAAUAUUUCCGAAUCAAUCCCCUGCUGGCUGCACCAUACAUGUAUGUUGUACUCUCUGUUACCUCAGACAACACCUGGCAUUAAACCUUUGCAUGUCACAUUGACCUCAUUUUGAAUAAUUAGUCAAAAUUUCUGUUUUGUAAUCACUGCUUGUACUGAGGUCAGACUUCUUCCAAAGUGUACAUUUUAUAGGAGGCCAUAUAGUGCAGUAGUCAUGUAUCAUUUGCAAGGGUGUUGUAAUAUGCCACAAUACCAAAGAAAAAAGGCCUUUGCGUGGUAUGCAGCGUGAAACACUAAUGUGGAGAUGAGACUUUUCAGAUAAGUGCCAAAGUGUGAUGUCUGUAUUGUUACAAAGUGCAAGACUUUUGGGGCUAAAUAAUGAUGAAACGUUUCGUUGUUCUGUGUUGUUUAAAAACCUAUACUUUAUUUCUAAUUGUGAUGCCUCUUUGUUUGUUAAUUUCUUAAUUAAUUAUGAAUAUGAAAAAUAGUUUCAUAUUUCACUGGGUGCAAUUUUUGUGAGUUUUUGUUGACGUCAGAUUUUUAAUGACCUACUGAUUUAUUUCUUACUUUAGUUGUAUAUAUUUUGUGUAAAAUGUGCCAGUUCCUCCAAUGUGCAUUACUGAAUGUGUUAUGAUGACCAGUUAAGUUGCUUUUAGUUUAGUGCUGAUGACAAGGGUUAAGCAGUUAUAUGUGACAUUUUGGUAGUCAAAGAAAAGUUCAAUUAAUUGAAAAUUCCAAGUACAAAAUCCUCCCAGUUGAAAAAUUCAAACAUGAUCUUCACACAUGGGUCUCACCCACACUCAUCCUCACUUCAUUGUAGUCCUUUUCAAUGUGCGACCGUUUUCUCCUGGGACGUUUUUCACACACCCUGUAGGCUCCAUGUUGUGACAUCUUUAGAAGAAACUUUAAACUGAUCUCCAUGCUAUAUAGUACAUGUACAUGUAUAUUUUAAACUGUUGUCUGUUUCUAACUGUUGUGAAUGUAUAAAAUCGCUUGUUGAAAAACAUGACUUGGAAUGGCAAAUGUGUGGCUAGUGACACCUUUUGUUAGAAAUUGGAAGUGUCCGUGUCCAUCUCGUCUUGUCCUCCUGUGAAUGUGAUAACCACCAAUGUUAUGUUUAAUGUGCCCCGUUGCUACAGGGUGUCUCUAAAGAACUCGACAAGAAAAGACGACCAUACCUUUCAGUGGUUGAUCCCAUGAGAUUUAACUAAUUGCGCGUUGGCUGACUGAAUUGCUGGCGUCACUUUCGUCUUUUGGUACAGGUCAAUCAUUAGUCUCGACCUAGUUAGGUUGUAGGGUCACAUAAGCUCUCAGUUUAGUCAAAUCAAACUCAAUGUUCUUUUCAGAGACACCCUGUACAUUCUUCCCAUGGGGUCAGUCUAUUGUUGCAAGUUCAGGGGUGAAAGGUAAUCUGCAAUUGUGGACAAGUUGGCCAUUAUUCCUUAAAUUGCUCAAAAUUCCAAACAUGCCAAAUAUUGUAAGUUGCAUUCGGAUGUUGUUUACUAUUAAUGUUGUAUUUUUGGUCAUUUGUACAUAUUGCCAACAGACAGAAUAUUAAGAUUGUUUUUAAUAAAAGAUUUUUUGAUUCA